AUGGCUAAGAAAAUAGCACAAGCACAAGCAUCAUCGUGCACCAGCACUUGGCAUGCACGGGAAAAGAAAGCACAGGCACAAUCAUCAUCGUGCACUAGCACCUACACCGAUUGUUUGAGCCCUCCAAUACCACCUGUAGUUCAAGAUACCGAGGAAACAACACAAAAACCAUCUCAAAAGGUGAUUGGUUUUCCCGAGAGAGUUGUUAGGUGGAUUACUGAGUGUGUCACUACCACUCGUUUUUUGAUUUCCAUUAAUGGGGAGCUGCAUGGUUUCUUUGCUGGUGGGCGAGGUUUGAGGCAAGGAGAUCCCUUGUCGCCCUAUUUGUUCGUCUUGGCAAAGGAGGUCUUCUCAGGGUUAAUGGGGUUGAUGGUUUCUGAACAGGACUUUAAAUACCACUGGAGGUGUGAGAAGGAGAAGAUCACCUACUUGUGUUUUGCUGAUGAUCUUAUGGCCUUUUGUAGGGCUGAGGUUGCUCUUUCUGGACUUAUUCCUAAUCCAGAUAAGAGUAAUCUAUUUGCCAGUGGUGUUUCUUCAUAUCUUAAGGAUCAGUUGCUUGAUGUCUUGGGGUAUAAGGAAGGCGUGCUACCGGUACGUUAUCUUGGUGUUCCGCUUAUCUCUACCAAAUUGAGGGCUUUGAAUUGUAAGAUACUGGUCUAUUGGUCCUCUGUAUUUCUUUUACCUAGGGCUGUGAUCAAGCAACUGGAAAAUUUACUACGGGAGGAGGGUGGUUUGGGUCUACGGAGCUUGGAGAUUUGGAAUAAGGCUGCCAUGUUAAAGCACCUUUGGUCCCUUUGUCCGGAUUCUGCCUCCUCUCUUUGGGUUUCAUGGGCACGUUGUUAUUUACUUAAAGGACGAAACAUUUGGGAAUUGAAGUGUCCUGGGGAUUGCUCUUGGAGUUGGAGGAAGAUUCUUGGACUCCGGGAUAUAGGAAGGGACAAAAUGAAAUUCAGAAUUGGUAAUGGUAGACGUGCCUCGCUUUGGUAUGAUAAUUGGCAUUCUCUUGGCCCUUUAGAGAAGAUUCUUGAAGAGAGGAUAAUUCGUGAAUCCAAAUUGAGUAGACUAGCUAAGGUGGCUGUUAUUGUUGAGGGUGAUACUUGGAGAUGGCCAUCAGUUCGUUCCCCAGCUUUAUCUGACUUAAUGCGAGAUAUGCUUGCUACUUUUCGGCCGGAUAGUAAUAGAGAAGAUGUAUUGCGAUGGGAGGUUGAUGCAUAG